ACGAGCUCAACAAAGACCACAACGAGGCCAUACGUCGUCAGCCUCACCCCCUCGAACCAAUUCCCCGUCUACGCGCGCACAAAGGCCGCCGGCUCAUCCAAAUUCACCAUUGUUAAGAAGAUUGAGGGAAACAAGAAGGCGUUUGCACAGGACCUCGCCCGCGAGGCUGGCUUCGCCGAAGCAGAGGUCAAGCUGAACCCCAUCACAGGACAAGUUCAGGUCAAGGGCUUCCACGUCGAAAAGGUCAAGGAGUGGCUGACCACCGCAUUGGGAAACCCUGCGAAG